CGGAAGUGUUAUUGUUUAUAUCGGUCUUUUUGGCUGUAGGACUGAGCGCAGGUUGAGCAAAAUGUCUUUUUGCUCUUUUUUCGGCGGAGAGGUUUUCAAAGACCAUUUUAAACAAGGCAUUUAUGCCUGUUCCCAGUGCGAUCACCAUCUGUUCGCCAGCCUCUCCAAGUAUGAGCACUCCUCUCCCUGGCCUGCCUUCACAGAAACCAUCCAUGAAGACAGUGUGUCCAAACACAAGGAAAGACCUGGAGCUUACAAGGUACGGUGUGGGAAAUGUGGAAAUGGACUGGGCCAUGAGUUUGUGAAUGACGGUCCAUCCAAAGGGCAGUCACGUUUCUGAAUAUUCAGCAGCUCACUGAAGUUCAUCCCUAAAGAUAAGGUUGAUGGACAGUAAAGUGAGCAGUGAAGAAGUGCUGCAGGAUUAGAGGGUCCUCUGUGCUACUGGAGGCGUGGACAGUCGAUGAAGAGUUCUGAGACAAAGCCCAGUCUGGGAGGACCAGGGCUCUGAUGUACGGUGUCUUAGCUGGACAGCAAGGAUGGAGGACUGGUGCACCAUCUUUUAUUAUGCAAUCACCACAAACCAGCAACUAAUUUUACCUCAAUGAUCACACCACUUUUACACUGAUUGAUAGAAAUCAAUUUAUUGCAGGAGGCAAGUAAACUUAUCAAGAUUUUUUUAGCUAUCUGAGCGACUAUUUCAGUUACAGCGUGACAUGCAUGAGCAUUUUAGAAGGAACCAGUUUGUAUAACUUGUUUUUAGAGUAGAAAAAUCAUUUUGAGAUAACUCAAUGUUAUUAUUAUUUUUUUU